GUAGAGGCGCCCCAGAUCGGGGGAGAUCACCAGUGUGGGGUCUCCCCAGUAUACGAGGGGUCCCCAAUUUCUCCCUCAAAAUCGCUGCGCCUUUAAGACGCUCCCUCUCAUGAAGCCACAGCGCCCCCUGGCCGUCCGGCGGUCUUCCCGCCUCUCCCAGGCCCCGCCCCUCCACUUCGGCCGCGCUCCGGGCCUCGCUCGGGCCUUUCCGCCGCACCGGGAACCGAACCCCCGGCCCCCCCCGUCAUUGGCCGGAGCGCUCGCGCCGCCCCCCCGCCAUUGGCCCGAGCGCUCGCGCCGCUUCCGCCGCGCCCCCCCCCAUUGGCCGCAGCGCUCGCGCCGCCGGAUUCCGACGCCAUCCCGACCCCACCAUGCGCCGCGGGAUUCACCGCGACCUCGCCGUGACCGCUCCAACAUCCGGACCCGCUCCAAUCCCGGCUCGGCCAUGAACGUCCCCAUCACCCCUUUCCCUCCGGGAUCAUGAAUUCCCAACGCAGCGAUGCCGACGGCUCCGCGGCCGCCGUGCCGCCACCAUUCUGGGCCCCCAACGUGCCCAAAAUGGGCGUCCGAGCCCGCGUGGCCGAGUGGCCGCCUCGGAGCAGAGAUUCCAAGGAUUCCGCCGCUUCCCGAGCGUUCCCCGCUCCGCAACAACAACAACAACCCCUGGCCGGUUUCAGAGCCCUUCACCGCCUGGCGCGGCGGCGCUCCAAGGAUGUGGAAUUCCAGGAGGGAUGGCCGGGAAUGCCGGCGCCGCUGCGGCAGCGGAGCAGCAGCGAGGUGACGCUGAGCGAGUGCGAUCCCGAGGAAACGGCGGAGCCGCGCGGCGGCGGCGGCGCCGGCCUUUUCCGCGAGUACGGCAGCACCUCGUCCAUCGACGUCCAGGGCAUUUCCGAGCAGAGCUUUUUUGACAUGCUCAACGAAUUCCGGACUAAAAAACCAGAUCGGCGAGCGGCCACGCCGGAGCGGCUCGGCGAUUUUGUGGUGGGAUCACAUCCCGGGAUGAAGCCGGAAAACUGGAACGGCCCUCGGGAUGAGCUGGUGGCGCAAUCCAAGGAAAAACCGCGCCGGCGCUGCCCCAAGAGCGACGCCGGCGGUGAAUCCAUCUUUAAAAAACUCCGCAGCGGCCGCACCGAGGGGGAAACCAAAGAUCCCGAGGAACCGCGCGUUCCCGAGCCRGGAAAAUCUUGGAUGUGCCGGAAAAGCUUCGCCCACUACGACGCCCAGAGCAUCCUGUUCGACCUGAGCGCCGCCGCCCUGCACCGCGCCGCCGGCACUCAGCGCCGCAACACCACCACCGGCGCCUCGGCCGCUUCCGCCGGCUCCGACCCYGCUUUUUCCAGCACCGAGGACCUGAAUUCCAAGGAAAACUUGGAGCACGACGUGGGGGACAACACCAGCAAUGAGCUGCUGCUCAGCUGCCCCCAYUUCCGCAACGAGAUCGGCGGCGGCGCUGGCGAGCGCGACGUAAGCUUUUCCAAGGCGGGCUCGCCGGGAUUUCCUGGAUCCGAGGGGGUUUUUCCAGAGCCCGUUCAUGCCGGGAGACCCACGAAUGCCGGGAUUUCGGUGCUGGAAGUGCCCAAGGAGCAGCAGAGGAAUCCCGAGAGACUCAAGCAUUACAGCGUGGAGCACGUGGAUUUUGGAGCGCGCUACUACCGGGAUUAUUUCCAUGGGAAAGAACAUUCCAACUAUUUCGGYGUGGACGACAAGCUGGGCCCAGUGGCUGUCAGCAUCCGUCGGGAGAAGCUGGAAGAGCACAAGGAGCACGGCCCCCAGUACCAGCACCGCCUCAUCUUCCGCACCAGCCAGCUGGUGACUCUGCGUGGAUCCAUCCUGGAGGAUGCCACGCCCACCACGGCCAAGCCGGGCACGGUGCGGGGGCUCCCGCUCCGGGAUGUUCUGGAAUACGUCGUUCCUGAGCUCAACAUCCACUGCCUGCGCUUGGCCUUCAGCACGCCCAAGGUCACGGAGCAGCUGCUCAAGCUGGAUGAGCAGGGGCUGUGCCGGCGGCUCAAGGUGGGAAUUCUGUACUGCAAGGCCGGGCAGAGCUCAGAGGAGGAGAUGUACAACAAUGAGGAGGCCGGGCCCGCCCUCGACGAGUUCCUCACCCUCCUGGGUGAGAAGGUUUCCCUCAAAUCCUUCACUAAAUACGCAGCACAGUUGGACACCAAGACGGAUUCCACCGGCACACACUCGCUGUAUACCACGUACCAGGACUACGAGAUCAUGUUCCACGUGUCCACCAUGCUGCCCUACACUCCCAACAACCGGCAGCAGCUGCUCCGGAAGCGACACAUUGGCAACGACAUCGUCACCAUCAUCUUCCAAGAGCCAGGAGCACUGCCCUUCACACCACAAAACAUCCGAUCCCAUUUCCAGCACGUCUUCAUCAUUGUCCGGGCCCACCACCCCUGCACCGACAGCGUCUCCUACAGCGUGGCCGUCACCCGCUCCAAGGACGUUCCCCCCUUCGGCCCCCCGGUGCCGCCAUCCGGCGUCACCUUCCGCCGCUCCGACCUGUUCCGCGCCUUCCUCUUGGCCAAGGCCAUCAACGCUGAGAACGCCGCCCACAAAUCCCACAAAUUCCGCACCAUGGCCACUCGGACUCGCCAGGAAUACCUGCGGGACCUGGCCGAGAACUACGUCACCAACACCCCGCUGGACACGGCCGGAAAAUUCAACCUCAUCUCCUUGGCCUCCAAGAAGAAGGAGAAAUGCAAAGCGCGGCCGUCGGCGGAGCUGGAGAGCGCCGGCGCCGUUUCCUGGCGCGUCUCCGCGCUGGAUUUCGGCCGCGGGGCGGAGAUCCCGUGCGUUUUGGGGAUUUCUAAUGAAUUUGUGGUUUUGAUGGAUCUGGGAGCUAAGGAAGUGGUGUUUAAUUGUUUCACCGGGGAUGUGAUCGGUUGGAGCGCGGAGGGAGCGGCGUUGAGGAUCUACCACGGGCGCGGAUUGGGGUUCCACGUGCACCCCGACGGCAGCGUGGCCGAGGUGGAGGAGUACGGAUUCGCCUGGCAAGCGGGGCUGCGGCGCGGUAGCCGCCUGCUGGAGGUGUGCAAGGUGGCCGCCGUGGCCCUGAGCCACGAGCAGAUGAUCGACCUGCUGCGCACCUCGGUCACCGUCACCGUGGGCAUCGUGCCGCCCCACGACGACGGCACGCCCAGGAGGGGUUGGUCGGAAUCCCUGGAGCCGGGCACGGAGCCCAAGGCGGAUCCGGAGCCGUUCCCGGAGCCRUUCCCGGGCGGGUUCCGGGCUCCGUUCCGCAGCGGGGCCGGGUGGCACCGGAGUGUCCCCACUGUGCCCAAACGGCCCCUGGGAAUUCCUGGGAUUCCCCAUCGAGAGCCACAGCCCAUCCACGGGAAAAGGCCUCUGAGCUUCCCGGAAUCGCCUCAUCCCAACUGCUCCUCCCCGUUCCGCCAGCCUUCUGGAAGCUUCUCUGCACCCGGAAGCGCUGGGAACCCCCUGAGCCGCUCCAAACCCCCCCCAGACAGGCUGCCGAGGGGGGCGGUGAUCCAGGCAGAGCCGCAUUCCAGCCACUCCGGCCACUCCGAGUCCGCAGGGGUCGGACAUGAAGGGAGCACCGAGAGGCACAAGGCGGAGCCUCUGUGGCAUGUCCCAGCCCCAUCCCGAAUUCCUGGGAAGCGCCUGGCCCGCCCUGAUCCCGCUGGGAAGGAUUCCCCCAACCGCCAUUGCAAGAAUGAGCCACCCUAUUCCAGCCACUCCACCUUAUCCAGCACGGCCUCCAGCGAGGGCCCUGAUCCCGCAGGAUCUGACCCCGACCCUGAUCCCGGCGCCAGGGGCGGCUCCAGCGACAGCGGCAUCGAUUCCCAUCCCAAAUCUGGCCAGAAAUCCCAAAAAAACAUCCCUAAAAUCCCCAAAUCUGCCUCUCAAGAGCCGGCACCGCCUCCCGGGAAAAACUUCCAGCAAAAAAACGGGAAUUCUGUGAUUCCUGAAUCAGUCACAACGCCCAGUUCCAGGCCUCUCCCCACUUCCCAAAUUUCAGCAUCAGUGCCCAAAUCCUUCUUUUCCAAAAAUCCGGGAAGGGCCAAAGGAACGGCGGCAGCAGCAGCGUGGAAGAGGCCAGAGGAGCUUCCAGAUGCCAAAAACCAGGUGAACGUGUUCGGGCAGCCGCGGCUCCGAGCUUCGCUCCGGGAUCUGCGCUCCCCCCGGCGCCUCCCCAAAUCCUCCAUCGAGGACGACCUCAAACGCCUCAUCCUCAUGGACAAUUCCUGCCCCGAGCCCGACCCCGCCCCGCCGCUGCAGCGGACGCUGUCAGACGAGAGCCUCUGCGGGGGCCGCCGGGAUCCCCCCGGGUUCAACCCCAAUUCCCCUUCCCGGGAUUUUCCCGAGACUUUUCCCGGGGGGUUCCCCUCCAGCACCCUGCCUGGCAGGAGGGGCCCCCAGGACAAAAAAGGCCCUGUGGCCCGGCUGGAUCCAGGGCUGAUCCCGCUGCCGGACACGGCUGGGCUGGAAUGGGCCACCCUGGUCAGCGCUGCCAAAGCCUAUGAAGUGCAGAGAGCCGUGUCCCUGUUCUCCCUGACCGACCCCGCCCUGAGCCCGGAGCCGCCCCCUCCCCCCUCCGAGAGGCCCCAGCGGGGGGGGGGUCCUCCCCCCUCACCAAGUCCCUCCCCAGCCCCCCUGGACCUUCCAGGAAAAGUUUCCCAGUUGGAAGCGAUGCUCAAACAGCUYCACAGCGACCUGGAGAAGGUGAGAGGGCACCCAAAAUCCAACUUUCUCAUCCCAAAAUUC